AUGGAGAACAGGAGGAACAUGGUGGAGGUUUUGGGGGUGCCAGAGGUUUUACCAGCUGACAGGAUAGUCGAAAAACUGGAGGCUUAUUUCCUCUCAGGCAGGAAUGGAGGAGGGGAGGUGCUGAAGGUGUUGUACCCCUGCUACCAGCUGGGACAGGCCUUCAUCAUAUUUGAGAGGCUGGAGGUUGCUGCUCGUGUCUUGAGAAAGAGCCCUCACAUGUUGGAGGUGAAUCAUCAACAAUAUUGUUUAACAGUGAAAGCAGCGGACAUUCCUGAGAUGAAUCUCCCAGUGGAGGCAACGCUAAAUUUGAAACAUUUCCCAGAUAAGACAAUGGUGCGAAAAAUCCUCAAGUCACACAGCUUCACGUUGACGGAUCUGAACAGCGAUCAGGUGCGUGUCAAAGGUUCAUUUUCGAAGCUCAGAGAUGUUAAAGCCCAUUUGGAGCAGCUUCAAAACCAGACGAGGAUACCACCGUCCUCUUCACCUGUCCAGAGCAUUUCCUCUGGAGCAAUAUCCAAACACUACACCAACCACAGCUCAGAUGUGUCAGAUGGUAAAGGAAACCAAUUAAAGUACAGAGACAAACCUUCUCCUGCUUCACCAUCUUCACCCGCCACCUCCUCAUCUUGGAGGUCUGGCUCUUUUCAAAACCGACCCGCCUCUGCAGAGUCCAGAGCUGCUUUUUCUCAGAGACCAGAUCAGAGUAUGUCACUCAGGCGAGGGACAGAGUCCUUUGUUGUGGAUGCAGAUGUGUUUACGUACGCUCGCCGGUUCAGAAAAAAAGAUUUUGAAGUCAUCCUGGACAGCCAUAUUGUUAGACUAGAAGAGGUUCAAGUUGGCAAUAACAUGAAUAUCACUUUACAAGGGAAGAACGCAAAGAUGGCUGCUGGAAAACUACAGAGCCUUUUGAAUGAUCUCAGCAAGUCCCUGCGCACUCAGGAAGUUCUUCUGAAGGACAUGGAUCGUGACAGCCAGGCUCUUCUAGAGAAAAUUCGGAAGGACAAAAACAUUUAUAAGUCAGUAUUCGUCUGUAUGAUGAGUGACAGACUUCACCUCAUAGGACCGUCUGGCGAGAGCUACGAGUUGAAGCAGAGGCUGUCAGGAAGGCCAGGUGACCACUCAGGGCGUACAGGGAGAACAUUUGACAGAGACUCCAAGAAGAGGAGCCACUCUCUGCCCCCACUCACUCGAAAGACCGCAGGAAGAGAAAGGGAUGCCAUUGCUAAUCCAUCUCCUGUCGUUGCCCGAGGUUAUUCUCUGUCAAAGUACCAGGAAGUUGAAGAGGACGGUGAUGAGCCUGAGUUGGUAUCUACCGGUUGUUUUGGUCAACCUAUUUUAAGAAGAAACCAGUCAAUGUCCCGUGUGAAAAACUGGCCAGAAAAGUCUAAUGACCACAUGCAAGAGAAAAAAACUGAAAGGACGCCUCGUAAUUUUUGGAGAAAGCCCUUGUUAAAAAUAUCUGGAAAAGACAUAAAGCAACAAUUUAAACGUCCGAAGAAAUAAGCAGCCAAUCUAUAUUUAUUAAGGUGGACAGACAACACUGAAACUUUCUUAUUCUGUCUCAAUUUACAUUUGUUUAUUUAAAACAAAACCAUAUUACGUAUAUACAUAUUUAUUUGUCCUCCUUACAUUAAGUAUGAGGCUCCUGUCAGCAGCCAGUUAGCAUAGCUUAGCAUAAAGACUGAAAAUGGCAAGAAACUCUGUCUGUAGCUCAUUGAUUAACAUGCGAUGUAAUGCUUGUUUAAUCUGAAGUGUAAAAAUGCUGUUUCUAUCUUUGUGCUAGGUUAAGCUAACUGUACUAACGUGAGUGGUAUCGGUCAUCUAACUCUCAAGAAGAAGCGCUGUAAACUGCAAAUAUUGUACGAUUAGUUCCCAAAAUAUUGUUCUAUUCCUUUAAAAAGCAAGUGUAUUGGCUGACAUUUUUGGGAAGUAUUCCUAUAUGGUUUCUAAAUGACAUUUUUUCCAUUUCUGUUAUGCAAUUUCAUGUUCCCUAUCAGUAAAUUGAUACACUGAUACAGACACACCAUCUUUUAUACACUAAAAUUGCUGGACAAUAUUGUGAAGUAUCCACAGGUUUGCUGUUUUAAUCAGCAGUUUUAAAUGAUUAUUGUUGAAGUAUAACAUUUACAUUAAUUCAGAUUGAUGUGUGAUUGUUGUUGUGUGUUAAUCUACCAUGCCAAUUAUUUAUUAUACUUGAACAAUUAUAACUUACAUAUUUUGAAACAAAGGGCUAUUAUUAUACGAUUAAUGUUACAGAUUACACUAACCUUCUUCUGUCCUGAGUUAGUUUUUUUUUUUUUCCACCUUUGACUGACAUCUCUCACGUAUUUGUUGUUUCAUUAUUACUAACUGACUGCAUGUAUGUUGGUCAUCUGGGGAUUAUUCUACAUCUAUAUUCUACAUCUAUAUUCUGGAUAAGAGCAUCAGCUAAAUAGCUAAUAUGUAAAUUGCGUAAAAGGUGAAAAUACAGUUAUUAUAGUAAAUGUGGCAAUUAAUUACACAAAUGACUCCCCAGAUACAUUAAGGCCAUUAAAAAACAGUGAUAUGAACAAUA